GCUGGCCUCGAACUCAGAAAUCCGCCUGCCUCUGCCUCCCAAGUGCUGGGAUUAAAGGCGUGCGCCACCACCGCCCGGCUUUCUUUUUCUUUUUUUUAAUACCAAUUAUUUGAGUAACCCAAUUUAGUCCACUAUCCAAAUUUUGGAGUCUAUUAGCACAUGCUUAGAUAGAAAAUAUAGGAGUCAACAACCUUUGAGUAUAUAGGCUUGGAAUCCUUAACUCUUAAAGAAAAAGCUGUGCUUAGGGAGGAGUGGAUUUUCCGUGCCUGAGAGUAGAAGUGGGAUAAGUGUUGUGGGGUAUCCACCAGAGAAGACUGCUCCAACAGGGCUUCAAGGUAAUAAUAAUAUCAGGAUGGUGACUACAUUGAGUGUUUGGGAUCCCAGUGUAGUUCCAAGCAUUCCUCAAGGUGAGCUUUUAAGCAUACAAAUAUCUUGGUUGACAUACUUCAGUUAACAAUAAUAGCGAGAACCACUACAGAAGCCAAAAAGCAAGCUGGCAAAGAAAGUUUUUGAGUCUUUCCCUGGUGAGAUUUCUGGCAUCUAGCUAUGAGGCUUUCGGCCCUGCUGGCCUUGGCAUGCAAAGCCACUCUCUCCCCCAACUACCGUUAUGGAAUGAGUCGCCCAGGUUCCAUAUCAGACAAAAGGAAGAAUCCUCCAUGGAGCAGGCGGCGCCCCGUAGUGGUAGAACCCAUCUCUGAUGAAGACUGGCACCUAUUCUGUGGAGACCAGGUGGAAAUCUUAGAAGGCAAGGAUGCUGGGAAGCAGGGCAAAGUGGUCCAAGUCAUUCGGCAGCGAAACUGGGUUGUCCUGGAGGGAUUGAACACGCAUUACCGCUAUAUUGGCAGAACCAAGGAUCACCGAGGGACCAUGAUUCCUAGUGAAGCCCCCUUGCUUCAUCACCAGGUCAAGCUAGUGGAUCCUGUGGACAGGAAACCCACUGAGAUCCAGUGGAGAUUUACUGAGGCAGGAGAGCGUGUUCGAGUCUCUGUAAGAUCUGGGAGAAUUAUCCCUAAACCUGAAUUUCCUAGAGCAGAUGGCAUUGUCCCUGAAACAUGGACUGAUGGCCCCAAGGACACAUCAGUGGAAGAUGCUCUAGAAAAAACCUAUGUGCCUCGGUUAAAGACAUUAGAAGAAGAUGUAAUGGAGGCCAUGGGGAUCCAGGAGACUCGAAGAUUCAAGAAAAUUUAUUGGUAUUGAGCCUCAGAGUGCCGCUUCUGCCUGUCCAGUCUUCACCCUAAGGGUGGAGGCCUUUCUUUCUAAGACACCAAUAAAGAGCCUUGAGUGCA